ACAAAGGUUUAGGUUGAACAAAAACAACGAACGCAGCAGUUUGCAUCCAUUGUUUUGAGCUAUGACAACUUUUAAUGAAAUUGUGUUUAAAAAAUGAACUCUGCUGAGGAAGAGGAAUUAGUUUUUUCUCUGCAAUUAAUUCAUAAUUCGGCAGCAUGAACAGUUUUUAAAGGCUUAAACUCCUGAACUCAAGCUGAAGAAACAUGUGAUUAUCAAGCCAAUUUAACUGAUUUACUACAACUUGAAUUUUGCUUUAAAUUAACGCACAAAUUUGAGUUUAAAUUAGACACAAUAUCAAGUUGGUGCACUUACCAACAAUAUAACAUCAACACAACUCAUCAGAAACAAUAUUUACAACCCAAAAGUUUGAUCUAAAUCAGGAAAUUAGAUUUUAAUUAAGUGUGAAGGAGCGAAUGAUGCUAAAAUUAUUCCAGCAGGUUCGUGUGUGUUCCAGUGAUUUCUACAAAACUCACACAAAACAACGUUUUUACAAAUUUAAAUUGUUGGACCAACUUAAAUGAACUGCUUCAGCUGGUAAAACAAGUUUAUCCAUAAAAACUUAACAAGUAAUAAUAACAAUAAUAAUAAUAAUAAUAAUAAUAAUAAUAAUAAUAAUAACAAUAAUAAUAACAAUAAGGCCAUGAGUUCACGUCUAAUGUACUUAAAUCAUUCGAUUCCUCUCAAAUGAACAACUUAAUUUUUAGGAAAGUCAACUUAAAGAUGCCAAUUUCUGCAUCUUUGCUUUACUCAAAUAUAAAAUGUAAAAGGUGAUUAUAUCGUCACAGUCCUACUUUCUGUCUUUUCUUUAAUCUGUAAUUCUGUGUAAAGAAAGCAGCAGCUGAGGUGCAGCAGAAAACUAAAGUAAUUUUGUACUUUUACCAAAUUCAUAAUAUCAGUUUAAAGAGUUUAAAGUGUGAGCUCAAGGUGACAGAAUCCAGAAAAGCAAACUGUCUUCAGCAAAGCAGAAAGAUGUUUUUCAGAAAAAAGCAGCUCAAUCACACUUUGCUGUUUCACAUUAAAUUCCACAUUUUUCUUUUUCUUUGAGGGGCAGCUUCACGGUCUAAUUCAACAGUCUUUGGCCUUUAAAACUCUUGAUUUUCACAUCCAGGACAACCAACAAUCACGUCUGAAAACUUGAAAAUUGCACAUUUGGAGGAUUUUUCUCGUUUUCUUCUCUUUUUUUCUUCUACUUCCUGAUCACCUGUUUUGUACAAAGUGUCCGGUAUUGGCCUUGGAGGACGCCCCGUAUCGGUCGAGCCUAAUUUAAACCUGCAUCCUUCAGACCACAACAGGUGCCUCCUCCUCCCCUCCAUUACGCUCCACCUGUCUUCCCUUCUCCGCGGCGGGCUGGCGACCCAGAAAGCAGCCGUCAUUCAUUAGAAAUGGUAUGCUGAUCCGCCGGGGGGCAGGACGGCGCAAACCCCCUCGGUCACCGGAUCGGCGGCAGCUGCUUGGCCCCCCGGUGCUAUUUUCACCUCCAGGAUAAAGUGCGGUGCAGCCGUCGGUCUGCACGGCCGCAGCAGCUGCAGUCAGAGCAGAGCAGCGGCAGGAUGAAGUCCACAGGCAGCGACCGCAGCGCGCAGCACGACGGCUUCGCCUCCGACCUGGACGACCUGGACAGCGGCAGCGACAGCUCCGACGGAAAGUCCACCGGCGGCUGCAGCCCGCGCAGAGAGCCGGGCCAGGAGGUCGGUGAGGACACGGCGGGAUCUCGUACCGGUGCGUCGAGACGGAGGAGAAGGAGGCGAAGGAACAGCAGCGGAGGUGGAAGAGGCGGCGGAGACGCGCGUCUGUCCGGGGUGAGCAAGCAAAGGCAGGCGGCCAACGCGCGGGAACGAGACAGGACGCACAGCGUGAACUCGGCCUUCACGGCGCUGCGCACUCUCAUUCCCACGGAGCCGGCCGACAGAAAGCUCUCCAAGAUAGAGACGCUGCGCCUGGCCUCCAGCUACAUCUCCCACCUGGCCAACGUGCUGCUGCUGGGGGAGGACUGCCGGGACGGGCAGCCCUGCCUCCGCUACCAGAGCAUCCUGCACGGCCCCGCUGCGCUCAGCGCGCCCUCUCUGCGGCCCAUCUGCACUUUCUGCCUCAGCAACCAGAGGAAACUGCUCAGAGACGGCGGGAAGCACUCGGCUGCUGUGUGAAAGCGAGCAGCUCCGGACUGACGAGGAUGUUUUUGUUUACAUGUAGGACUUUGUACAUAUAUAAAUAUAUUUAUUUUUGGAUUAGACAACAAAAGACAGAUUUGACACUGAAAAGCACUUUGUGAACCUCUGUGUUUUGGUUGAGCUGUAACCUGAGCCGAUGUGUAAAGUUGCACCUGACGUGGGGCUAUUUUGGGUCCCGCCGAUAGUACAAACUACCCCACCAACCGAGUCCUAAAAAAAAAAAAAAACAGAAAGCGUGUCGCCUUCAGUCACAUGAAGGAAACUGAAGAGCAGCUACAGCAGUGCUGUCAGGAAAAUCACAAAUCACGCAGGGGCGCUUUGAAGGGGCAUUAAUGCGUCGCCUCUGGUGGUGACCGACUGGAACUGCAACAACACUCACAGAACCGAUCAUUUCUCAGGAAUCUGAAAGUCAAAGUUAAUAUUUUACACCACACCCUGCCACUAGGGGGCGCACCACUGCUCCAAUGUGUUUAUUAUAUGCUACAUUAAAGUCUAACUUUAGAGAUUUCCUGCUUUUCUUACCGUCAGCAAAUCCCUCGAGCGAACGCGUCGACCCGUUGGGUGCUCGCCUGCAUGAGCCAAAUCCAGAAAAUAGAAAAAAACAGAUUCAAUAUUAAAAGUUGAUCAUCGAACAAGCAAAAACAAAGAAUGUGGACACCGAACAGUGGCAGCGUCUGUUGUGUUUCAUGCAAAGACGCAUUUUUAAUCAAAAUUACACCAGUGGGACAGUUUUAAAGCCCUAAAAAAUAUUAAUAUUAUUAUAUCUGUGGGCAAUUUAAAUGGGGUUAAAUGCGUAUAAUUGACGGAUAUUCCUUUUGAGAUGAUGUGCAUGCAUGAAAAGGCAAAAAUCAGCAAAGACUUGAUCCAAACAUCAUCGAAAAGCUCCAAAGAAAAACCCCAGCAAGCUAAUUCUCAUCUUUCCUCAUCCCCAUGGGUUAACUUGUUUUCUUUAAAACCUUAUCAGAACUUGUAGGUAAUGUUUGAAUAUAUCCUGCUAGAUGGGGAGACAAUGCUUACACGUCAUUGUUGGUUUUGGGAUUUGUUGCCUGCAAGAAAAUUCAGGAAGUUAGUGCCGACAGAAAGCGAGAUGGCUCUUAGAUGCAAUGUGACGGUGCAGAAAUGCAAUUACAAGACGUACGAGUGGAUAAACUGAUAAAAUCUAAAAGAAGAGACCUGAUUUGAUACGAUCAGAGCUUGAAUUAGUAGCGAGCUUAAAGCUAACACCUGCAUGGUUGGUGUAUUUGGAUAUUUAGGGAAAAUCAAGAAGAACUGCACAAAAAAAGUUUGGCAGAAAUGAAGCAAAUCUCUAAAUGUCCACUGUCAAGACUAGGUGUAAAAACACACGAGGACAUGGAGGACAAAUUUGGGUAUUUUCAUCGUGCUUUGCGAGCUGUCGGGGAUUUCAGAUGAAUUUGGGAAGAUUUCUUGUAGUUUUAAAAAUGGAGCACUUCUUUGCACACAUAUACCGUCAAUACGACUUCCUGUUUAGUCUCAUUAGUUUAUUGGUCACCAAUCACAUCCUGCAAAGUUUUUCCAUUUCAUGUCAGUUUUCUGUCGCUACUAGAAAACACACUGACAAGCAGGUUCUCUAUUUGGUUCGACUGGACUGUAUCUGCAUAAAUCUGGACCUGAUAUUUAUUCUUUUAGUCCGUUUCAUCUGGGAACUGAAACAAGUUUGAGGCUCGGCUGAAGCAGAAAUAAGGGAUGUGUUCCUGCCUCUCUGCCAAAACUUCUCACUUCAACUGUUCUGAUGCAUAUAUUUGCAGUGUGGUGAACUGUUUACUUUUGCAUUGUUGCACAACCUCUUUCUUUUAAAAACACAGAACCGCGACGUUUUGUGAGCACGCGAAUGCGGGACGCCGCGGCAUGCACUAAAUUUGGAGAACGUGUAGAUGUAGUCCUUCUACAAUCACCUGGAUCCCUUGAUAACUAUCAGUGGGAAAUGUUGCACACUACCUCAGACCUGUUCUAAAUAUGAAGGCCUACCUCUAAAUCAAAGAGCCACGUGACUGAAAACGUACUUGAAUCAACUGUGUCCUUUGCACAUCAACAAGUACCGAGAAGCUGCUUGAAGAGAAAAAUGUAUUUUUGUACAAUAAAAAUAAAAACACGGACUUUCA